AUGUCGACUCUUGCAACUACAGAAGAACCAGCGGAGUGUAACGUUGGUCACUCGCUGCUGCGCAACAAGGCAGAUACCUCACCACCGACCGACAACACUGCAAUCUCGCCUCUUGAAUUAUAUGGUCUUCCCUACUGGGGCAACGAGAAUGGAAAAAAGAUGGCGCCUCUUGAGCUCUUCGAGCACUAUGAGCAUGGCAAGGAUGCGGAUCCCAAAUUCAGGUCCCUGCUGAAAGAAGGCGUCAAGAUAUCCGAUAUUACCAAAUCGAUAGGCGCUGAGGUUACAGGAGUUCAGCUCUCUCAGCUGGAGAACAAAGGAAAGGAUGAACUCGCUCUCCUCGUGGCACAGAAGAAGGUUGUGGUGUUCCACGAUCAGGACUUUGCCACUAUUCCAAUCCAGCAGGCUGUUGAUUUUGCGAGCUAUUUCGGCAGGCUACAUGUCCAUCCAGUCAGGGCUCACUUCUCCUGCAGCGGUGCUGUUCCUGGCUUUCCCCAACUCCACAUGGUCUACCGGGGGCCCAAAGAUGUAGGUCACGAUGAAUUACUCAAGGCGAGAACGACAUCCAUUUCGUGGCACAGUGAUGUGAGCUAUGAAUUGCAGCCUCCGGGAACCACCUUCUUAUUUGCCAUUGAAGUCCCUGAGAGCGGCGGAGACACUUUAUUUGUCAACCAGGUCAAAGCUUAUGAACGACUCUCCCCCGAAUUUCGAGAGCGAUUGUCCGGGCUCAAAGUCGUGCAUUCCGCGCAUGAGCAAGCUCAGCAAGCUCUGCGGAAUGGUGGACAGUUGAGGAGGGACCCAAUCACUUCUGUGCACCCUCUCGUUCGAACUCAUCCGGCAACAGGUGAGAAAGCGCUUUACAUCCAACCCCAGUUUGCUCGCUCAAUCGUGGGUUACAAGAAGGAAGAAAGCGAUGCGCUGCUGAACUUUCUCUACCAGCAUAUCGCCUUAAGUCAGGAUAUUCAGUGCCGCAUCAAAUGGACUACCCGCUCCGUUGUUGUGUGGGACAACAGGGUCACAGCUCACUCAGGGUUGGUGGACUGGGAGGGACCUCGAUUCAGAUAUAUUGCUCGCUUGGCAUCGCAAGCUGAGAGACCAACUGAAUAA